CAUUUUCGAAGAGCGUUCAUGCUAUCGCAUUUAGCAAAUGUACAUUUACCCAAGUUCGAAAUCAACUGUUUAUUGUUUACAUUGAAAUUUAAGCAAAAUGCGCCGAAUUAAAUUUAUUUUAUUAAUGGUGAAAUUAUAUAUAUCUGUGAACAUCAAUUAUGCGAAAAUUGAAGAAAUAAACACAUCCAUAUAUGAAUUAAUAAAAAGACGUGCACGCAUUAUGGAGGUGCUAAUUCUGUAUAAAAACGUGCAAGUUGUAAUGUGGGAAUACAUCCACUUGGAACUUUCAACAAAAGAAAGAACCUUUGCUCCACACCAGAAUCGAGGAAGUACGUUUUGGGAAGUCGAGUGCCAAUGCUCUGGAGAUAAUAACUUCAGACAAAAUUUUAGACUGAAUAGAAGUGCUUUGUGUGGAAAGUGUUACACCCAAUGUAUUUCAACCACUUUACCCUAAGUAGAGAAACAAUUGAAGACUGUGUUAAUGGAUUUGAACACAUUGGAUUCCCUCAGUGUAUGGGUGCUCUUGAUGGAUGCCACAUCAUCCCAGACAGGAAGAAGCAGUCGAUUAUAUCAAUUAUAAAGGAUGGUAUUCCACAGUGUUACUAGCGCACUUGUUGAUGCAAGAUAUCGUUUUUUAUACAUCAACGUGGGAAGUCCAGGAAGAUGUAAUGAUUCCCAAAUCUUUGAAAAGUCCAGCUUAAAAAGGGAACUGGAGAACUGCUCACUUCUGAACACAAUGAGCACAAAUUUAGGAAAUUUUUACAUCCCAGUUGUCAUUCUUGGAGAUUCUGCCUUUCGUUUUUCCAAAUAUUUAAUGAAGCCUUUUCCAUUCAGUUUGGAUAAGACGCCUGCACAAAAAGCUUUCAAUUACCAACUUUCAAAAUCUCGUAGAGUGGUUGAAAAUGCUUUUGGGCAAUUGAAAGCAAGGUUUCGCCGGAUCGGAAAAGGAAUUGAUAACAGAAUUGAUAAUGCAAAUUCUAUUAUAAAGGCUUGUUGUGCUUUGCACAACUUUUUAAUAGCAGAAAAUGACCUAGUUACACCUUCUUGGCUUAACGAGCAGCACGCUAAUGAUAUUAGGAGAAGGCAACCACAAUCCGUGGACUCGCACCAAACCUUAGCAGAAGCGGAAUCAAUAAGGAAUGCGUUCUGUUCAUAUUUCAAUCUGGUAGAUGUUGCUGCGCUUGAUAUUGAAGGGGGAAGUGUUGCCCCUCCCGAUCCUGACGGCAGUGGUGAUGAACACGACGGUGAUGGCGACAGCUGGGGAAGAGAAGGAGAAAGCGGCGAGAUAUUUGUCGGGGAUGAUGACAUCGAAUCUGAAAAUGAGUAUUUUGAAUUUAUGUAUAUAGAUUAGUUUUUAAUAAUAAAAAUGAUUUUGAA